CACCGGCUGCACCACGUCUUGGAGGUAGUGUCCCGUGUCACCUCACAUACACAAACACCGGCGCGAAUGCGAAUCCGCUAGAUCGCGCAGAUCGUCCGUGAUCCCUGAGCAGUCAAAGGAGUCAACCGGGCGAUGGACUGAAAUGAAUCGAGACGGAUCCUGCAAUUGAUGAAUUGAUCCUGGAAGCUCCGAUCACUACUGAGCUGACGGUGAAUGAAAGUGACGAUAUGUUCCUGGAUUGUGGAGGAGGUGUAAUCACGGAGCUUUUGUGACGAACGUGGUGGACAGUGAAGUACGCUUCGCAGAAAUUAAACAGUGCACUCGGAAGUGCCUAAAGUGUUCUACUACUUGUUGAAGAAUAGUUUAUAUUAUGUACUAAAGUAUUGACUAUAUAUGCAAUCGGCGAUUUUUCGAGAGAAUUAAAUUAUUACUUAAAAUAGAAGCGAUUUUACAAAUAUUAACAGGACACAUCAGUUUGAAUCUUAGCUAUAUGACUUAAAAAUAAAAAUUCUGAUUAUUUGUGAUAUCGUGUUUAUCAAAAAGAGAAAAGAAAAUUGUAAAAAUUCUAAAGAUUCCUCGCAAAUGGAUUUUCCGCGUAAGAUAUAACGCAGUUUUCGUGAAGUGCGUGGCAAAAUUCAGGCAUGCGGAAGAAUGAGCAAACAAAAAAAUAUUUGGGACUAAUAGUAAUCUCAGACAAGCAGGUAAAGGACAACGGUGUUUGAAUACAGUUGAUGCGUCACCAAAUCUUCAAGGAUUGACCUGUUUUUCUUUCCCCCGGACCCAGACCCAGAGAGAUGAGCAGAGAGAUAGCUGAAAUAAAAUACUGAAAGAUAUUGAUUAAGAAACACUGAUGUAUAAAGUAUUUUGUAAAUCAUCGUUUUUGAUAGAUUGAAAUAAAAAUUUCGCACGGUAAGAUAUAAAUUGAUUGCAACUUCUUGAAUGCUACUGAGUUCGACGAUUAAUAUCGUUGGCAAAUAUUUUUUUACGAACGAAAAUAUUACUUUAAUUAAUAAAGCAUAGAAAAAAGGAAAAAGUGAGAAGUGGCGCAAAGUUGUGCGCGAUUAUUAAUUAGACAUAAAGUGCCGAAAAGAAGAUCGUAGAAUCAUAUUUCCUACUACGAAGAUUUUCUGGCAGAAUAAUUUUCCCCGAGACGAGAAUGUUAGGCACUGACUGAUAACACAUGCCGUGGUGGUAGCUCUGGGGGAGGAUGUUCCACGGGGGCGGAAGUGGCGGGUACGGCGCAGGUUCCGAUUACCAGCAACAGUCCCAACAACAGCAGCAGCAACACGGACAGCAGCUCCAAGCGCCCGUCUACGUUCCCUCGUCCAGGCCGGCGAUUCCAUCCGCCACGGCUGCACAAUAUCAUUCUUUCCCUACUUCGCCCUCGCCCGCAUGGGAGAAGACGGCAUCCUGGCAGCACGGAGUGGAGACGUACGCGGCGCAUCACGCGCUCGCCGGUCACACGAGCGGCACCGCGACGGCGAUGGGGCCGCAUGCUGGACCUGGCCAUCCGCAUGCGGGACAUCCGCACGCAGCGCAUCCGCAUUCAACCCUCGCGGCCGCUGCACCGUUCUACGCGCAAAACGUCGCGAUGAUGUCCUCGUGGCGUGCCUACGACAGCGCCAGCUUCCAGCGCGCGUCACCUUAUGACACCGCCAUGGACUUCCAAUUCGGGGAGGGCCGCGAGUGUGUGAAUUGCGGCGCGAUAUCGACACCGCUCUGGCGAAGGGAUGGCACUGGCCAUUAUCUCUGUAACGCAUGCGGACUUUAUCACAAGAUGAACGGCAUGAACAGGCCGCUCAUCAAGCCCUCGAAACGCCUGAUGUCGGAAUUUCAGAGCGCGACGAGGCGACUCGGGCUGUGCUGCACAAAUUGCGGCACCCGUACUACUACCUUGUGGAGGCGCAACAACGAGGGCGAGCCGGUGUGCAACGCUUGCGGUCUGUACUUCAAAUUGCACGGGGUCAACAGGCCGCUUGCUAUGCGGAAGGACGGCAUUCAGACGAGGAAGAGGAAACCGAAGAAGACCCCGGAACCGAAUGCUAGAUCAUCCACAGGAGACCACGAAACCACCGCUUCGACCACUUCCUCUCCUUCCACGGAUUUAAAGAGUAAUCAGCAACAGCAGCAGCAGCAGCAGCAGCAGCAGCAACAGCAGCACCAUCAAAUCGAGGUGUCGAAAUCAUCGGGCUCAUCGACGUCAACAGACAGACCCGUCUACCUCGGACAUACCUCUCUGCUGGCCACCGGAAAUGUGCCCGCUGUGAAAACGGAACCGCGGAGCUGCGACGGCAUCGUCGGCCAGCCGUACUCAUCUUACUAUCAGCAUCCCCAUCAACUCACCGCCACCAGCGAGCAUCAGCAGCAGAGCUAUUACGGCACUCAAGAAGCACCUUAUCAUCAUCAACAUCACGUCACCACGGCGGCGAAAUUACUCGCGUCCUCGUAAUUGCUUAGCGAUCGAAAGGAUCGCCUUGAAGAAUGAAUUCAGACGCGCCGAGAGACAAAGAAGACUUUUCCGCAUCGCGGGAUUGAUCGAGAACUCGGCGAGAAACCCAAAAUCAACGAUCACAAAGUAUCGAGUAGUGAACCGAUAAGGAAAAAGGAAACGAUGAAAUCAAAUUGAAACACGCCUUUGACAAGUGGAAGAAGGAUGCUUCCACAUUACGGGACUAGUCAGUGGCGAACGUGUAAAUUAUUCCAAAAUCUGAGAAAUCAGCUGCUUUAUCGAUAGCAAUUGAAACGCGGGAAAUAUUCUGAAAGGAAAGUACUACUUUGUGUGAAAACUCUUGGCUUUCCGAGGAGAAAAGUUUGCACAUAUAGAGAAAUCUAUACGGAUAUUUUUACUUAUCCGAUAAAAUGAUUUGAGAAGAAUGAAGACAUCGUCGAUGUGCCUCAAAGACUUCAACUUUGAAUACGAUAUCCUGAUCGAGAGGAAAACUAAAUCUCUAGUCAAUGACAGGGAUUACAAAAAAUGAAGGACAACGUGUACUAAAAAUUACACCGCUGCUAUAGCGACAGUGAUCGAGAAAUCGGGACAAACAUUUUGAAAUGCUAACACAAGACGCAGCACAUUUGCAUGUCUAAUUACGCGCUUUUUGUACCCGUUCGAAUACCCGACACAUGUAAAUAAUUGAGUUAUAAUAAAAUAAUAUAAUAGGCGUGCGCGCGAGGAAAGAGAGAGAGAGAGAGAGAAAGAGAGAGAGAGGGAGGAGGAGAGAAAGAGAGUGCUUCUUGAUCUGACAAAGUGUGACGCGUAGAAAUACUUAAUAAAACUGAUGGAUUAUCGGCAAGAUUCGUAUGCAAUAAAAUAAAAAUCUAAAUUCUGCGUUUGAAGAACAACUAAACGUUUUUCACGCUGUUUUUCAAAUUUGUAAUAAGUAAAAAAAAUGUUGCCGAGAUUGUCCGACGACAUUUAAUACAAGUGUAUUGUAUUGACAUACAAAUAUUGUUGUAUUGACAUACAAUACAUUUCAACCCGCACAUGCCGAUCAUCCAUCACGAUUUUUUUUCUGUUACACAGCAAAUGCCGCACGCACGCAGAGUACUUAAUUGUAAAUAAUCCCUAUGAUAAGCUAUCGCAUUGUUAGGAAUAGAUCGACUUUUUCGGCCUCGAUGACUCCACCGCUUCAUUUAAUGUGUUAAUUUAAUUUAAAAUAACACCGGAUCUCAGAAUACUUGCUUGCAGCAACACUUAACGGUUGCUCGAAAUAUAUUGAAUUAUCUUGUUUGAAUCACUUUUCUCAAAUAGUAAAAAAAUGUGCUAUUUAUUCUAUUUAUCCAACUCGCCGACAAGCAUAAAUAGAUCUAUAAAAUUAUUAUAAAAAAUAAGCAUAAUAUAGACGCAGGAAGUAGAUAAAAUCAAUUCUUCGAGGCGCGAUAAUAUUAUGAGACUUGUAAUAACCCCCGCACAAAUAUAAUAAGAACUCACUACGAGAGAGGAGGAAAAGCUUGACAAGAUAUAAUUUAUUGACUCGAGGCCCGAAGAGCUGCCACGACUUUUUUUCCUAAAGCAUACAUUUAGUUAACGUUAAUCAAGAGAAUAGAUCUUUGUGUAUAGUUCCUCUGUAAUUACUUUUGUCACGCGUAAUAAAUAAUUUUACUCACUUUAGUCGACAGAAA